GGGGACCCGGAGCUGACCAGGGCCCCCUCGCUCAGGCACGGACAGCUGGGCCACGGGACGCUGGAGGCCGAGCCGGAGCCCAGGCUGCUGGAGGCGCUGCAGGGCCUGCCCGUGGCCCAGGUGGCGGCGGGCGGCUGGCACUCGGUGUGUGUGAGCGAGACUGGGGACAUUUAUAUCUGGGGCUGGAAUGAGUCAGGGCAGCUGGCCCUGCCCAGCAGGAGCCUGGCAGAGGAGAGAGAGACAGGCACAGGGGAAGCCCCUGCGCUGAACAAAGAUGGUCUUGGGGCCAAGAGAGCAGCCGGGGCUGAGGAGGGAGCCCCCGCCCCCUUCAUAGCCGUGCAGCCCUUCCCAGCGCUCCUGGAUCUGCCCCUCGGCUCGGACGCAGUCACAGCCAGCUGUGGGUCCCGGCACACGGCCGUGGUGACGAGAACCGGGGAGCUCUACACCUGGGGCUGGGGUAAAUACGGACAGCUUGGCCACAAGGACACGACCAGCUGGGAUCGGCCCUGCCGUGUGGAGUACUUUGUAGAUAAGCAGCUCCACGUGACGGCUGUGAGCUGUGGGCCCUGGAACACCUAUGUGUAUGCUGUGGAGAAAGAGAAGAGCUGAUGGAUGUAGACAAGGGUGUAAAAGGAAUGCUCAGUAGUUACAGCCCGGCCAGUGUGGCUCAGCGGUUGCACACUGCCCUGUAAUCCAGGAAUCAGUCUGAUUCCUGGUCAGGCCACAUGCCCAGGUUGCAGGCUCCUCGGUCCCCACUAGAGGGCGUGCCGGA